CACGGGAACAUCAUGUACUUCCCCAUGGACGAGAAGCGAGACGAGAACGAAGAGUUUGUCGGCAAUCCUCCUGCCUAUGGCUAUAACGGCGCCAGCCUCACGGACGGGAUCGUCGGCAAGGCGCUGACCCUGAACGGGAACGUCCAGUACCUGAAGACUCUGCCUCUGGAGGGGACGUGUCUGGGCAGCACUGUAAACUGUGAACAGGGUUUCAGCAUUGGCAUGUGGAUCAAGUUGAUGUCCGAACCAUCGUCUGACCGCUACUUCCUGUCCAGUGGGGGUCACUUCCCCAAAUCCUUCGGCCUUAACUUCUACUACGAUGUGCCGGACGGACCGGGAUUCUGGAUUACCUAUGUGGAAGAGUGGUGCACGACUCACUUUUCCCUGCCGAUCGACGUGUGGAUGUACCUGGUUCUGUCCUGGAGACCGUCCUGUGACAUCAGCAUCCACAUGAACAGCACCAUGAUCAAGUUCACCUCCACUCCCAAGCGGAUGAGACGAAUGGAGAAGGAUGAGUACACCACCCUGGCGAUAGGAGCGCCCAACACCCUGAAUGAUGUUGCUGGCAUCACCGGCGACUUCCUCCUGGACGAGGUUCGCUUCUGGGACAGGAAACUGACUGGGAAGGAAAUCUACGAAGUCAUGAUGCAUGACCUGAGGAUGUCGGGAGAUCACUACCACCCUCCGCCUGGGUCAAAGGUCAUGAAGGGCAAUUACAAGUGCAGCGGAGAGGAGCCGCUACUGGGCAUGUGCGAGCACGAGGAGGACUCCUCAUUGGCUGACGAGAUCUGUGGCACAAACGCACAGGCCUUCGUACGCUGUGUCCCUAACGGCUGGUGGGACGAGUGGUCUCCAUGGAAAGCCUGUGAGAACGGGAAGCAGAGCCGCACCCGGAACUGUUACACCCCGUCUCCUCUCUACACGAGCAACUGUACCGACAGUCCCGGGCCUAGUGAGCAGAUCAGAACAUGCGUAGAGAACGAUGAACAAAACUAAGGAUUACUGAAUGAAGAACUCUAAUAAUUGUACAAAUAUGACCACUGUGUUUAGUACAAGUAAGAACAAAGGCAACAACGAGCUAUCACACGCGCUUUAGUCUUGAAAGUGAAUCCGGCCUUCCAUUGCUUCUUUGUGACUGUACCAAAGUAAGAAAUGUAUGUAUUAGCAUUAAGGAUCGUUCCUGACAUCUUUUCUAAUGUGACGUGCACCCAGUUUAAGCUAAUAAUAGAGAGAUGGGGAAGGUGUAUCAUGCAAAUGUGUUCUUUUUCACUGCUUAUAUAUUGUACAUUUGGUGUACCACUUAUUGGUCCUUUUUCGUUUAUGUGACUGUAUAUAAGUGUUCAUAUCGAUGGUUUUACCGAAACGCACAGUUUGGAGUGAACGGAACUUAUAAAUAUAAAUACACUAUACUAUUCUCAUGUGUCACUGUUACUUGUCUACGUGUAUAGUAUAUCUAAGCAGUCUCCGGCGAAGCAGUUUCAGUCCAGCACCAGUUAAGUAAGUAAUA